AUGGGCUGCAUGCGGACCGCUGGCCAUAUUUUGGACAGCCCUGUUCUAGAAGCAGAAGAGUCUCCCAAACACCGAGCUAGCUCUGGCAAUGCAAGCAUCAACCUCAUCACGUAUGUGUCCGUGACAGGAAAGUGUACUUCUAAGCGUCCAGGCCAAGCCACCACCUUCGUCGCCGCCAUACCGCCCAAGUUUGACCCUAAUGAAAUUAAAGUCGUGUUUUUAAGGUGCACAGGUGGUGAAGUUGGUGCCACAUCAGCUCUGGCCCCCAAAAUUGGUCCCUUGGGUUUGUCUCCCAAAAAGGUUGGUGAUGACAUUGCCAAAGCAACUGGUGACUGGAAAGGGCUAAGAAUCACAGUGAAUCUUACCAUUCAGAACAGACAGGCCCAGAUUGAGGUUGUGCCUUCUGCCUCAGCCUUGAUCAUCAAAGCCCUAAAGGAACCUCCUCGGGACAGAAAGAAGCAGAAAAAUAUUAAACACAAUGGAAACAUCACUUUCAAUGAGAUUGUCAACAUUGCCCGACAGAUGAGGCACCGAUCUUUGGCAAGAGAUCUCUCUGGAACCAUUAAAGAGAUACUUGGAACAGCCCAGUCUGUGGGCUGCAACAUUGAUGGCAAACACCCUCAUGAUGUCAUUGAUGACAUCAAUAGUGGUGCUGUUGAAUGCCCAGCAAGUUAAAAGCUACAAAGGAGACUAUUUGCAAUAAAUUUAACAUUUGACAA